UCAUCCGCAGCUGCACUGUGCUACGCUGAGCUUGGCUCAACCAUCCACAAAUCCGGGGGGACCUACACCUAUAUUCUGCAGGCCUACGGCGACCUGCCCGGGUUCCUCGUCUCCUGGGCCAACGUUCUUGUCAUCAACCCGUCCGGGUCAGCUCUGAACGCGCUGACUUUUGGCACCUACGUCAGCGAGUAUGUCACGCCUGGAGAAUGUUUGCCACCAUCGGUGGUUACCAAGCUGUUCAGCAUUCUCGCAAUGAUGCUUUGUGUCUUCAUCAACUGCAUGAGCGUCCGGCAUUCAGCCUCCGCUCAAGUCGCCUUUACGACCUCCAAGGUUCUCAUUCUGGUCAUCAUCAUCGGCUGUGGGAUUGUCAAGAUGAUCCAAGGUGAGACUAGGCACCUCGAUCCCAGCGUGUCCUUCGAGGGAACAUCGGCUGAUGUGUUCGGGUACGGCACCGCUCUGUAUCAGGGACUGUGGGCUUUUGCUGGCUGGGAUGUUCUCAAUUUGCUGACUGAAGAAGUGAAAAACUCCAAAAGAAACAUCCCUCUGGCUAUAUGCAUCUCUAUGACGUCCGUACUGGUCAUCUAUCUCUUCACCAACAUCGCGUACUUCACACUGCUCUCCGCGGAUGAGGUCCUAGCUUCGAACGCCGUGGCCGUUACGUUUGCUGAACGUGUUCUGGGGCCUAUGGCAUGGAUCGUUCCGCUCGGUGUUUGUAUUUCAACUUUUGGCAAUCUUCUAAGUGGACUUCUGGCUAUGCCAAGAAAUGCCUAUGUUGCUGGAAGAGAGGGCCACAUGGUAAAAGCACUCUCGAUGGUCAGUGUGACUCGACAUACACCGCUGCCAUCCAUAGUCUUCCAGGGCACCAUUGCAACCAUCAUGGUCAGCAUCGGCGACUUCAACAGUGUGUUGAACUAUUUUAGUUUCGCGGCCUGGCUGUUCUUCGGCUUCGGUUUCCUGGCCAUUCCGGUUCUUCGGUAUCGAUUCCCAGACCACCAUCGUCCAUUCAAGGUGCCAAUAGUGCUCCCCAUAGCAGCAGCAAUCUUCUGUCUCUUCAUGGUCCUGGCACCGAUUAUCAGUGAGCCGACGCUGGCCUAUCUCUAUCUGGUCGCUAUCCUGAUGGGAAUCGGCGUCAUUUUCUACGUUUUGUUCGUCUGGAAAAAGUAUCGCCCAGGCUUUAUGGAUGCCGUCUCGAUGUUCAUCCAGAAGAUGUUUCUGGUUGCUCCAUCGUCAUACCUCGAGCCAGAUGAGAAUUAGGGAGACUAUGGCGUCACUCAAGGGGGUAGAAAGCAUCGUACUGAAAGUAAAUUAAAUUUCGCCUAAGCAUCGCAUAAAGCACGUUACCUAUUUACUGGAGCACUUGCCAACGGAGCUGUAUACGGCUUAAACGAUUUCGAGACAAAUAUGUUGAUAAGAUAAAAUCCUUUCGAGCAUUGGCCUUAUUUACGAGUCCGCCAUAUUGAAUUCAUAUUCAUUUUUAGAACUUGCGCAGCGAAUGAAAGCAAUGACAUAAAGUGAAUUACACACCAGUCUGCUCUUAUGAACAAUUUUAAAUGUGUGAUUAAACACGCCCCUUAUAGGGUGCAGACCAGUAAAUCGGUCCGAA